AUGACUCACACAUUGCGCGUCGCGUUCGAAGGUUGCUGCCAUGGCGAGCUCGACGCCAUCUACGGGUCGUUGGCUGCAAUGGAGAAGCAGCGCGGUGUCGAAGUUGACUUGCUCCUGAUCGGAGGCGACUUUCAGGCAAUACGGAACCGUGACGAUCUCAACUGUCUUGCAGUACCUCCGAAGUACAGACGCCUAGGCGACUUUGCUGAUUACUACGAGGGAAGAAAGACUGCACCAGUACUGACUAUCUUCAUCGGCGGCAACCACGAAGCAAGCAACUUCUCCUGGGAACUGUACCACGGAGGAUGGGUUGCACCCAACAUCUAUUACCUGGGAGCUGCUGGCGUCGUAAACGUCAAUGGCCUGCGAAUUGGAGGUCUGUCAGGUAUCUACAACUCUGCAAACUACACAAAGGGUCAUUUCGAAACAGUACCGUACGACAGCUCUACUAUCCGCAGUGCUUAUCACGUCCGUCAGUACGAUGUGUACAAGCUAUUCAACUUGCGAGAGCCCAUCGAUGUCAUGCUGUCCCAUGACUGGCCAAGAGGCAUCUACCAUCACGGCAACACACAUUCACUGCUGCAGAGAAAGCCAUUCUUCAGAAGGGAGGUGCAAUCGAAUACGCUUGGGUCGCCGGCGGCGGAGAAUCUACUGAAAAAGCUGAAACCCGCAUAUUGGUUCUCGGCUCAUCUACACGUCAAGUUUGCCGCUGUUGUCAAUCACGAUGAAGGCAGGCGUGCGACACCGUCCGCAGAGAUGAUUGAGAAAGCCGCUGCAGGGAAUUCUGAGGAGGUUGUACUCGAGUUGGAUGAGGAGGAAACUGCCCCGGUUGCGGUAGUCGUUGAGAACGGCGAUGCAGACGAGAUUCAACUUGAUUUGGAUGACGACUUUGAGAAUGAACCGCCGGCACUACCAAAUACAACCCGCUUCCUGGCUUUAGACAAGUGUCUACCGAACCGGGCCUUCCUGCAAGUUAUGGACAUUCCCGUUGCAUCAACGCCUUCUGGUGACGAUCUGGAGUUUUGCUAUGAUGCGGAAUGGCUUGCGAUUACUCGAGCCCUUCACCCCUGGCUUUCCACGACCAAGAAACAAAGGCCCUUACCUCGGGAUGAGAAAGAGGUUGCUGCUACGAUUGACAAAGAACUGGCUUGGGUCAAGGAGAACGUCAUGACGCGGCCGACAGGAUCAAGGAUUCCGCGAAACUUUGAGCAGACAGCGUUCCGGGCAGACGACAAGGGACAGCAAGAAACACUGCUUCAUGACGAUCCUCAAACCAGGGCUUUUUGCGAGAUGCUUCAGAUCGAGAACAAGAUAUAUCCUGGCAGCAAGUAG